AUGUUAUCUCGUUCGCGCCAAAAAAAUGGACACCGCCAAAAUUUUUAUUUUUGGCUCACUGCUGAGCGAAUAAGGGUUUCCCCUCGCGGGGCGCGAUCGGUCGGCACAACGACGACGCGCGCCGCGCACGCACGGACGGACCGGAGCUCGAACCGUCGUCUCGUCGCCGCGUCCGCGAUGCUGCGCGGCACCGUCCACGCGCUGUGCCGGUCGCUCGCCCGUCGCGGGGACGCGCGGGGUGCCCUCGGCGACGCCCUCGGCGGGGGGGAAUCCGCGCGGGCGGGGUGGAGGUGGACGAUCGCUCUCGACGCCCGCGGCGCCGGGUUCGCGACCAGCAGCGCGGGCGGCGACGGCGACGGCGGCGACGGCACGGACGCGUCGCAGCCGGUCAUAGGCGCGGAGUCGAAAGACGCGUGGCCGGAGCGGCGGCGACUGUGGAACGAAGAGCUGAACGAGCUGAGAGUGCAGUGGAGGAAAGAGUUCGAAGAGGCGGAGGCGAAAGAACGCGAGCGCCUGCGGUUGAUGCAGAUCAAGUUGGAGAAGGAAGUCGCGGAACGGCGGCGGCUCAAAGCGAUCCGCCGCGCGGAGGCGCUGCGUCUCGAGGCGAUCCGUCAGGAGAAGGACCGGAAGAGGAUCGAACGGCGGGAGAGACUCGUGGACCACAAGCGGCAGCAGAAGAUGUUUUCUAAUCAUCUGCGAGCCGCCGCGCGCGAGGAGCAUCUCCUGCGGCAGUCGCGGAACUGGGUUCUUAGGGAGCACUUAGACGCGAGGAUAGAUCACGAGCUCGCGAACCCGGUGGAGAUGUGGUGAUCGCGUGAUCGCGUUUGUUUAGAACGAGCGUUGUACACGCAACGUACCAGUGCAUGGGAAUAAAAAUCUUUCUCGGACUGCCUCCGCGCGUG